CAUCUCCACAAGCCACACAAAUUGGGGAAUCCAUGGAAAGUGAGAUCCCAAAGCCUCUCUCUUCUCCCUGUCUUCUCCUUUGUUCCUCAUAGAGGAAGAAGAAGCCCUAACCUCACUGUCCCCAUCCUACAGCCUCCACUACCUUUGCUUCAUCUCGUCCUGCUCUUUCCAAUACCCACAACCUCUCUUCUUCUUCUUCUUCUAAUAUUCCUUUCCCUGAUGUGUGUAUAUAUAUAUAAGUAGUACAUGUCUGCUACUACCAUCAUGGAAACGAUCGGACGGCGGCAACCCCAGAAGAAAUCAAUAUAACAUGAUGGUCCCGGCACGUAACCUUCUCCGGCGACACUACAACAGCUAUGGUAGCCAUUUCGGCGACAUCCAAUCGGAAUUCCAGCGAGAAAAGACUUCAUCGCUACCUGGCCUGAUGGCCGAGGAGGUUCCUCAGGGUAGCGGCAACAACGAGGAGGAAGGAGAGGAGGCGGGGCCUAGCUCUAAAGAAGGUGAUGACAACUACCAAGGGUGGCUCCAAUUAGGCAUCGGUGGCCGGCCGUCUGGUGGUUCGAGGCUAGAUGAUGAUGCUCCGGUAGAUCCAACAAAUAGAACGGACAGGAGUAGGGGUGAGGCAGUGGAGCUUAACUUGUUCUCUGAUAGGUCAUCAGGUCCCUCGCGGCCUCCAUUGCCGGUCGCUAGUGGUCCCACGAUGGUGCCAUUGUUUCCGGCGGUGGCAGCGGGGUACCGGAGUGCCGGUGCAAUGGCGAGCAUCUCCUCGAGGCCGUUGCCGACGUUAACAGCCUAUAACUGGGGGCAAUUCAUGCUCCCAUCGGCGAGCCUGGGCCUGCCGGUGGAGAUCGGCGGCUCGAUGAGGGUGGUUAGCCCACCGGCAAGGCAGCACACCGGAGUGUGGUUCUUGCUCCAAGCGGCACAAAACCAGGGGAAGGAACCCUUUUUGCCUCAGAUACCCAAGAGCUACUUGAGGAUCAAAGACGGGAGGAUGACAGUUGGAUUGCUGAUGAAGUACUUGGCUGAGAAGCUUGGACUAGAUGAAACUCAGGUAGUGAUUACAUGUAAAGGCCAACAGCUUCCUCCUUCCAUGACAGUACAAUAUGUUCGGGAUCAAAUAUGGGGUUCAAGGGUUGAAUUGCUACCAAGCUUACCGAGCACUGAGCAUAUCAUGAGCCUUCAAUACAGCAGAAGCCGAUAGUGUGCAUCAUUCAGGCAGAACUGGUCAUCCCGGUGGGAAUUUUUGUUCUUCAAAACUUGUACUUCGAUGCUGGUCUGGUUCCCUCAUCUAACUUAUUUGAACAGAGGAGUUUGGAGACGCCAAUUCCACCUUGAAACAAGGUACCAGGAAUGAUAAAAUGAAGUGCAAUGUGUGUA